GGGAGGGUCUAGAUCUAGAACUGUUUUUUAGGAGAUCUGUGAUCUUCCUGGCAGACCUGAAGGCUAGCUGUGUGAAGGGGGGAGGAGUGGAGGAGAGGAGGGCGGCAGGCUGACCACASUGGUCUACCUCUUCCUGAAAGCAACGCCGCUCAGAGAGACAGGAAGUAGAGACACACAGAAAGAGGGGAGGGGGAAAGAAAGAGUCAGAGAGAGAGAGAAUACUUUUUCUGUCACCAAACUUUUUGAAAACUAGAGUGUGAAAAAUAAAGAUAGAGAGGAACACAGUGUGAGAUAGAAAAAGGAGAUUGAGAACGGAUCCAAGGACAUGGAGGAGUUCUCAGCCUACCAACAUGGAUCGUUCCAGUGGAGUUGUGUGUAACUGACGGAGGGGGUUGCUUUGAAGACGGACUUUAGGAAAGAGUUUGGAGUCCGAACGACAGAAUGAUCAAAACAGCUGUUCUCUCUCAGGAGACCGGAGCAUCUAMUGGGGUGAAUGCUGAGCCUCGCUCCCCACCUAGAACCCCCCUCACCCCUACCUUAUCUUCAGGAUCAACAGCACUAUUCCCCCCUCCCAGACCUGCCCUCUCCUCAGGACCACCCCUGAUGGCUCCUCCGACUCUCCCUUCCAAACCCUCCCCACCCCCUGACCCAACUCCCCCUGACCCAACUGACCCAACUCCACCUGUCUACCUGGACUCCCCCCCCCUCCUCCCUUCACCCCUCAUACCCUCCUCACCCUCCUCACCCACACCGCCCCUUCAUUCAGCUUCUGAACCACUCCCUUCUCAAAUUGACUUGGCCAUUGAUGCCACUGACACAACUGAUGUCCCCAAUGCCGCUGUCCCUAAGGAAUGUACUCCCCCCUUAUCCAGAACCCUAGUCCUCGAUGUCCCGGACAUCUCUACUUCCACCCUUGUCACAUCACUACCCCCUCAAGUCUUAGAGACCUCAACUCUCCCACUCCCCACACCCCUGGUACCUGAUGUCCCAGAGACAUCUACUCCUCCCCUCCCCACACCAGUACCCCCUCAAGUCUCAGAGCCCUCUACACUCCCCCUUCCUGACAUCCUGGAUGUCUCUGCUCCUCCCCUCCCCUUACAUAUGUCCUCUUUAGUCCCAGAACUCUCCUCUUCAGAACUAACCCUACCAGCACCUUCAUCUCAGCCGGUCCCAAAGCCCUCAUCUAUGCUCAUCUCUGCUCCCACUGUAGCUCCCAUCUCAAAACCCUCCUCACUUCCUAUCUCUUCUCCCCACGUACCUCCUAUAGCAAAACCCCCUCUGUCCACUCCCCCCAUUCCUCCUCUCUCAAAACCCUCUGUACCUCCGUCUCCCCGUGUUCCUCCUUUCUCAAAGAUCUCCUCACCCCCUCUUCCUAGACCCUCAGCACGUCGAAAACUCUCUGGUCCACCCCAGCCGAGACCCCCCGUAUCUCACCCUCACUCGAUAGCCAAACCCUCCUCUCCAGCUCUCCCCAGACCCCCACUUCUAUCCAUGAAGUCCUCCUCCCCCCCUCUACCCUCCCCACUAGUCCCUCUAGCUCCAAAGCCCGCCCCAGCUUCGGCCUCAUCACCAGCCCCAUCUCCAACCCAAGCCACAGCCCCACGACCUAGCAUCAGUAUCCUGGAAAAACUGAUCAAAACUUGCCCGGUGUGGUUGCAGCUGGGUAUGGCCCAGGAGAGGACCACACUCAUACUGAAGAAAGAAAUCCCUGGGAUAUUUUUAGUGCGUAAAAGCCCUGACCAGAAAUCCAUGGUGCUGUCAGUAUGUGUAUCUGACAAGCAGGAGGACCUUCAGGUCCAGGAUGUUCUGAUUAAGGAGGAGAAGUCACGUGAGUAUCCUAACCAGAGAAGGUCUAUAUAGGGUUAGGAUAAAUCCAGGCUUGUAACUGGAUCUAUCCUAACCCUAAGCCUCAACAGUCUCCCACUGAAAUGUCUGUGUCCUGUCCUCAGAUCCUGGUGAACAGUCUGUGGUAAAAAGGUAUGGGGACUAUCUGUGUUACAGCCAUCAGUCCUGCUACGCCAUCCAUCAAUCCACACACAGAACACAUGAUGCUAGCCCAUCCAUCAAUCCAAACACAAAACACAUGAUGCUAGCCCAUCCAUCGAUCCAAACACAAAACACAUGAUGCUACCCCAUCCAUCAAUCCACACACAGAACACAUGAUGCUAGCCCAUCCAUCGAUCCAAACACAAAACACAUGAUGCUACCCCAUCCAUCACACCACAC